GCUGAAAUUCAAGCUCCUAUGUUGGCCAAUGAAGCACGCCAAGCUGCUGACGUGAUGCGGCAGAUAGUACCUGGUGAGGAAAUGCAGCAGAAUCCACUUGCUGAAAAUGCUCAACUCCAAGAAGCUUCCCCAAAUCAAGCUCAAAACAGUGAGUUGGAGUCAAUGCAGCAGCAGGAAAUGCCUGUCGAUAAGAAUACUAAAGAGUCAGAUGAAGAUAAAAUAGAACAGCUAGCAUCUCAAAACAAGAACACUACUGAAUUGGCAGCACAUGGCAUGGAAAUGGAAAGCAAUGAGCAGAGAAUAAACAUGAUCUUGUCAAACCUCAAGAGAGUUGUUAUGCAGCAUGCUCAGCAAAUUCAAGGUUGUGGCACCAGUAGAAGCACCAGUAGCAUCACAAUUCCUUUAGAUGGAAUUAUAAUCAAUUUCUCUGGCCUUGGGAUAGAGAGUAUUCAAAUUAUCACCCCUGAAGUGAAGACACUAGAAACAGUAGCAAUGCUUGGCUGCGAAGCUGGUAAGAGAUCCCUCAUAAAAGGAAAGGAAAGUGGAAAACUGAAGGUGUAUACUAGAAGGAAGCGGCCAGCAAACAAAGAACUCAUUCAAAAAGAAAAUGCCACUGGUACAUCACAUCUUGCUGUUGAGGGAAAUAAAGAAGCAAGAAAAAGAAAAUUAGUGGAAAAGAGUGUCAGAGUGCUGAGAAGCCAGGUAAAGAACAAAACUCCUAUCAACACUGAAAACCUGAGAAGGAGUGAGAGAAUUCAUAACAAACACAAAGGCAGCAAAGCUCCAGAUGCUAUCAAUGGAGAAACUCUGAAAAGAAGAAAGAAAGGCCCCAAGGAGGUUGCCAGCCAUUCCCAGCUGACUGAUGCGGCCUCUCUCCUUCGGAUGUGACGGCAGAGCUCCUCCAGAAGGCCAAUCAAGAUGAAACUGGUGCAGAAGGAAGGGCAUCAAGCAACAACCCUGUGAUCAAUGGAUAGAAGACUUAAGAAGAAGCUUCCUCUCAGGGAAUGCCCUGUACUAGUUCCAUGUUGUCUAUUUUUAAGCUUAUCUUGGGUUAAAUUUCGUAUCUGUGAUUGCUGGAUAUUGUGGUGGCAGCCUAAACCUGAAUGGUGUCUUGUGUGGCCUUCUUUUGCGAACU